AUGCCACCCAGACCCACAGUGUCAGAAGCACAGCAUGUAUUAAUAGACAAACUACGCAAACCUGUUCAUCACCCAUCAUAUGCCGAGAAUAAGGUCAAUGCACCGGGACCACAAGAUCCAUUUGAAGGCGCUCUGGAGCCGACACUUUUUGUGGAUGGCUUCGAAGGGCAGGAACUUCCUCGCAAGCGCAUUCUCACUCAGCGUCACUUAGAUCACUUUAAACACUCGAAAGUAUAUGCUGAAAUUGUGGGUAUGAUUCAGAUUUGUAACGAGUCUGUCAAGUCUCAUAAAUUGGACGAGCCCAUGGUCGAAAGCCCAUCGAUCCGAACGAUUCUGCAGGUCAUUGCUCAUGUGAACAAGCUUGUAGACGAGACACCUCGAGAUACCGACUCUGCACAGAUGUCCCGAUUCGGAAACCCUGCAUUUCGGGAAUUGUACCAAAAAAUCGUCGACAAGACGGAUGCUUUGAUGCAGAUACUCCCAGGCCUUGAACGUGCAGAGCACGAACGGUCGCGAAAAGAGGUGGCCGUCUACUUUUAUGAAGCAUGGGGUAAUGCAAAACGCAUUGACUACGGAAGUGGAAUGGAACUGAACUUCUUGUGCUGGCUCCUAUGCCUUGUAAAGCUUGGUGUACUGGACCUGCAUCGCGACGCCAAAUGCAUCGUUCUCCGAGUGUUUUGGGCAUACAUCGAGACGAUGCGUGUCAUCCAGGCCACAUAUUGGCUCGAGCCGGCUGGAAGUCAUGGUGUUUGGGGUCUCGACGACUACCAUUUCUUGCCAUUUUUGUGGGGUGCUGGUCAGCUGGCAGACCACCCGUACCUUAGACCGAAAUCAAUCCAUGACGUUGAAAUUGUCGACGAGUGUGCGCGCUCCUACAUGUAUUUUGCAUGUAUCCAAGCCAUAAAUACGGUCAAGACUGAGUCGCUUCGCUGGCACUCGCCUAUGCUGGACGACAUCUCUGGCGUCCGGUCGUGGAGCAAGGUCAACCACGGCAUGGUGAAGAUGUAUCGUGCUGAGGUGCUGCAGAAGCUGCCGAUUGCCCAACAUAUUUUCUUUGGCGAGCUUCUAAGUUUCGGCCAUGUAGACGAAGAUGACUAUAUCGUGGAUGUCGAAGAGGAUGACCAUGGCCAUCGAUUUGCUACCAACGAGCUGUUAUCACACUCUAUCCACGCUCAUGGUCAUGCCCCACACGGCGAGGGACAAGCUGCUGGAUGGGGCGACUGCUGUGGUAUUCCCAUCCCCAGUGUGUUUGCUGCAGCCGAGCAACAAGCUAAAGAGAGCGGUCAACAUCCACCCGGAAAACACAUGCCUGUAAGGCGUAUUCCAUUCGACUGA